CAAAGCUAACACAUUCGUCAGCCAUCUACAGUCUCCGGCGAGAUCCCAAUUUGAUCCUUCACGGUGGCGUCGUCGUCCGGGCAACAACAAGCUCUCUCGAGAAGAAAGCCUCCAUCAUCAUCAUCUCCUCCUUCCACUGAUUCGCCUCUACGAACUCCUUCCGCGAGGAAACCGAUCCCAGAAUUCCCCUUUUAUCAGCAGAACUGGUUUAUCGCUCUCCUCUUCGUGAUGGCUCUAGGAUCCUUCUCUCUCGCUCUCUUCCUCUUCCUUAGCGUCGAUUCGGAUUCCGGCUACACGUCUGCUUCCGCCGCCUCUUCUGGUAAAGAAGGCGUCGAGAUUAGUUAUGGGAGUGCGAUUAAGCUGAUGCACGAGAAAACUAAGUUCCGUCUUCAUUCUCACGAUGUGCCCUAUGGAUCCGGCAGUGGUCAGCAAUCUGUCACUGGCUUUCCUGGCGUCGUUGAUUCCAACAGCUACUGGAUUGUUAAACCGGUGCCUGGGACAACUGCCAAGCAAGGUGAUGCGGUCAAGAGUGGAGCAACCAUUAGAUUGCAGCACAUGAAGACCCGAAAGUGGCUCCAUAGUCACUUACAUGCAUCCCCUAUUUCAGGAAACUUAGAGGUUAGCUGCUUUGGAGAUGAUUCAAGUUCCGAUACUGGCGAUCACUGGAAGCUUGUAAUCGAAGGGAGCGGGAAGACAUGGAGACAAGACCAAAGAGUCCGACUUCAUCACAUAGACACCAGUGGCUACCUCCAUAGCCAUGACAAAAAGUACCAGCGAAUAGCCGGUGGUCAGCAAGAGGUUAACACUCAUGCAUGA